AUGACAGCCACCUUCAACUGGACGGCUUUCGCAGUCGCCAUAGCCGCCGUCUUCCUAUUCUGGACCCUCAGCUCAACAUCCUCAUCCCCCUUCACGCGCUCCUUCCCCCGCCUCGCCAACAAGCGCAUCUGCCUCCUGAUCGCCCACCCAGACGACGAAGCCAUGUUUUUCGCCCCGACAGUGCUAGCACUCACAAACCCCGAACUAGGCAAUCACCUCAAGAUCCUCUGCCUGAGUACCGGGGAUGCAGAUGGAUUGGGCGAAGUGCGCAAGAAGGAAUUGCAAAAAUCCGCCCUGCGACUCGGCCUGCGGAGCGAAUCGGAUGUCUUCAUCGUCGACGAUCUAUCCCGCUUCCCUGAUGGAAUGGACAAGAACUGGAGCGAGGAAGAUGUCGCGGGCAUUUUGGCUUCGGCUUUCGCGCCGCCAAAGGGCAAGAAUGAGGCUCCGGCUGCGACCAUCGAUGUGAUUCUUACUUUCGACAAGCAUGGGAUUAGUAACCAUCCCAAUCACCGGUCGUUGUAUUUCGGUGCCUUGCACUUCGUGCGUACACUGAUGAAAGGGAAAGUGGGGUUCAGGUGCCCUGUUACAAUGUAUUCCCUGACAACGACAUCCAUUUUCCGAAAAUAUGCUGGUGUUCUUGAUGCGCCAUUGUCUAUGUUCUUGGGCGUGUGCAGCAAUGCUGCUUCUUCGCUGAGGGGGUCUAAAUCCAAGGAUUUUGCUGCUUCUGGGGAGGGACCGGCGCGGUUGUUGUUUGUGAGUUCGAUCAAUGAGUGGAUCACGGCACAGUCGGCCAUGGUGAGUUGCCAUCAGAGUCAGAUGGUUUGGUUCCGAUGGGGCUGGAUCACUAUUGGCAGGUAUAUGACUGUCAAUGACCUCAAACGGGAGAGAAUUUGA